UUCGCUGGUUGUAGUCGUGUUUAACCUCUACAAAUUGCAAUAUGUUAUUUAUAUUUCAGUUUAUGUGCUUCCCAUUAUUAUUUCACGAAUAAUUACAUCAUUUGAGAGUUGAUUCAACAUUUUAUAAUAUAUCUAUCUUGCAAAUUGCAAUUAUUUAUAUUCCAGUUCAGGAGCUUCCCAUUAUUAUUUAAAUUUGCGUUGUAUUUAUUUUGCGAAUUACAUCAUCAGUGGAUUUAACAUUUUUAUAAUAUCUAUAUACAAUUUAAUAUUUCUCAAUGAUAUAGUUUUCGAAACAGUUAAUAUAUAAAUUAAAAAUGUUUUCAAGGAAUAAGAAUAAAAAAGAGGAGAUCAGCAAAGAAGAAAUAAAGCAAUUAUUAGUCUUCUCAGCAACUAGAUAUCAACAAGACUUUUAUGAGCUUUUAAGUGAUUUCAAUGAAUAUGAUCCUCAAAAAUCAUAUAUUCUUAAAAAUUGCAUUGGAAUAAUUUUAUAUGGUCCACCAAAGGCAGAAGAAAAUCAAAAUUAUGAAGAUGGAGAUUCACUUUUUCAAUAUAAACCAAUGCAAAUGAAAAAAAUUGAUAGAUUAUUUUUAAAAAUAGCUGAACAUGGUACACAGGAAAAUAAAAUGAUUCUCUGUGGUUUAAUUUACAAUGUGAUAUUUGACGAUAAGGCAAUUAAAUUGGUAAAUGAAAUUAUUCAUAAAGAAGAAGAUUUUAAUGGAGAUUGCCUAGUGAAAUAUGUAAAUCCAAUUCCAGUAUUUAAAGUUUUAAAAACUACAAUUAUUAAGAAUGACGAGACAAAAGUGAAUGGUAUAAAAAUGGAAAUCUAUUAUAUUGAUACAAAUGAAAGGGUUUAUAAAAAUUGGGAGGGUUAUUUAACAAAUAAUGUAUUACCACGUUGUAUUAUGGUUGUGCCUUAUAAUGGAGAAUAUCAAGGAGAUGAAAGUGAACAAUGGACGGAGGAAAUGUCUUAUAUUCGAUUGGAAAUUCAUGAAUCUCCAGCAUGUCGGAAUAAAAUAUUCACAAAAUUAGACGCAUCAAGUACUGUUAUUAGUUUGGGAGGAAUGGCAGUUUGUGCAGCAUCACUUGUUACACCAGUUGGUGCUAUUGCACUUGCAGCAAGUAGUGUUGGACUUGGUGUGAGUUCACUUUGGACAAUAGGCAGAAGUACUCAAACAUUAGUUGAUCGUUCUAAACAUCAACAAUCGAUUAAUAUAUUGAAUAGAGAAGGAUUUUCCUGUUGGUUUAAUAUUGGAUCGAGUGCAUUUGGAGUUGCAUCGGCUGGAGGAUCAAUUUUAUUGACGCGAGCAAUUGCAAAAGGUUCAUCAAUAAGUAGAACAUUUCAAUUGGUUCACGAUGGUGUACAAAUUGGUAAUUUAACUGCAACUGGAAUAAAUGCUGGUAUAUCGAUUUUUAAUAUUUACGAUACAUAUAAAGAAUCAAAAACAGUUUCUAAACAAGAUGUUUUUAAUUUAAUUGCAACAUUACUUGUAUUGGGUAAUUCUGUUAUGAAUUAUAAAUGUUCAAAAACAUUGAUAGAAAAUCAUCAAAAUUCAAUUAUUAAAAAUUAUGAAGCAAGUUUAAGAAGUAAUAGACAUAAAAAGGCAUUUAAAAAAAUGGUUAAUAAUACAAAAUCAAUUAUUGAAAAUCCAGUGGAAUUGAAAGAACAAAUUAUUCGUGGAAUCAAUAAAAUAGAAAAUAAAGAUGAAUUUUUCGCAUCAAUAAUAAGAAAUAAGAAAAAUUUUUCUUCUGAGGGAAUUAAACCUGCUUUUAUUGAUGGUAAUAUUGUGAUUAAUGGUAAAACAUUUAAGAAUCCGAUUGAUUUUGUAAAAAGCUUUUCGAUGACUGAUUCAAAUACUUCUUUAGCAAUGCGAACGCCUAUUGUUACAACAAAUAUCACUAUUCCUAAUAAGAGUAUUUUUGAAAAUGCUCUUACUGACUUUAUAGCGCGACAUACAAAAGAAUUAGCUGCUCUUGCAACACCAAAGAUAAAAGACUUUUUUUAUGUUUUAACUGAUAUUAGUAAAAUUGAUAAGGCCGACGUUAUAUUUACAAAACUUCUUAUUAUUUCAAUUAAAUUAGUAAAAGCAUUAAUUGAAGAAAAAAAUCCUGUAUCAAAUAUUCUCGCAAGAGCUGUUGACUUUCUAUGGAAUUACAUUAAAACUUGUAUCAAAGAAAGUUUAGAAGAAUUGGUUAGUGAAUCUCAACAAUUUCGAGAAAUAUUAAUGAAAGUAUUAAUUAAUUUAUAUUCUUCGGUUGAAGAAAAAUUAGACGAAUGGAUAUUUUCUUUUAAAGAAUAUUUAAAAAAAAAAUGUGAACAAUUUGAAGAUGGAGUCUAUGAAUAUUGCAGUAAUCAAUUUGAAAGAAUAAAUAUUGCCUCAAGUUCACUUCUGUCGAAUGGCACAAUUUCUUAAACAUUUACAAAAUUUAUUAACAUUAGUGAGAUAAUAAAAGUAAGUUCGAAAAAGAAAAUAAGUGCACUUAUUUUUUAAUGUAACAACGCACAAGUAAGAUAAUUUUUGUGAUUUUAUUUAAGAAAAAUUAGUGUCUAAUUAUAGUUUUAAUCGCAAAAAAGAAAAUUCCUGAUCUGAUUAUAUAUCAUUUUGUACUAAACUGAAUUAAAUUCAGACAAAUCUGAAGCUAGAAAUUUAAUUUUAUAACAAUUAUAAAUAAUAGAAAAUUGUAAUUUGAAAUAAAUAAUUUUCACUAAAA